GGAGCGCGUUUCACCCACUCAAAUCAUCCAGUGAAUCUUUGCAUGUCAUCAGAAAACGUGAAGGGAAGGGAUACGAGAAAUAUCCACCACUUGCAUUGCAGUGAAUUUUUUAUUUUGUGAGCUAGCUGUGCCUUUCAUCUAGCUCUACCAAAUCUCUACUACACGUUUGUCUGGAAAUGAAAACAAGAACAGGAAAUCUUUCGUUCGCGUUUCUUCGCCAUCAAAAGGGCACUUUUAUUUUUUAUUUCUGUAAGUACCAUUUCGGCUCCUAGCUUCUCUAUCGAUUUCGCCGCAGUGACGACGAAUAUCUUCGCGCUACAUUCGUGUGCACAGUGACGUGGAGUUUGACGGUGUGUCGGUACUCGUCUUCGCAUUUGUCUGCGGGCUGUUUUCUCAUCCGCAAAGACACACGUCUUUUGUGACCUCUCAAGGCAAAAAGAAUACAUAUAUAUAUAUAGGGAGAGAGGGAGGAGGAAACGCCGACUUUUACUGAAACUGCUCUAUAAAGACCUUUUUGUUUCUUGUACUCUAUCUCGUCCCAACAGAGGCCCUCUUGUUACUGCCGCGGAGGAUUUACUUCACUUCCGCACACCCUCCCAUUUUUAUUUUUAUUUUUGCUUUGCCUCAUUCACAAGAACCGCAACAGCAGCGACAACGACGACUCCUUCGACGACGUGGCGUUUUUGUUUUCCUUCCUUUUGUGGUUCGUGUCGUCGUCGUACGUCUUUGCUGACUUUCGUCACAUUUUCCCCUCUUUUUUUUGUUUUUGAAGGUUUUGUUGUUAUGCACGGCGCGAUUAUUACUGUUAUCAUUGUUGACGUUUGCCUACGCAUUUCCUACCAAACACAGGUUUACUCGCGCGCGAGAAGGUAAAGGGAAAGGAAGAAGAACACCGCUGCCUUUGGUGAGCAACAACGUACACUAAUACUACGGUGGCGUCGCCGUCGACAAACACAGGAGGUUUGCUGUCUUGUCUUGACUUCUCCAGAGUACGUUGGCAGCUAUUAGUAUUGUUAAUAUUUUACGCAGCGGUCACAUAUAUUUGCUGUUCGUGUCUUGUGUACCAGUACGAAUUGUGGGUGCUGUGUGAACCUGUCAUUGCUUCUUCGUAGUUGUUUUCCAUUUGAAUCCCUGCUUCUUCCCUCGCUAUUAUUGUUAUUAUUAUCAUCAUCAUUUGUUGUUGGCAUUCUUGUCUUCUCACAUUGGUGUGCAUUUUUGUUUUUCUUUUGACCGCUUCGAAGGAGCCGUCAAUGAGUGUGUCGAUGAAUAUGGGUAACUACUCGUCACAGAUGCGUACCAAUGCAGCGUCUUCGGCAGCAGCAGCGCCGUCCCCGUCUGCCCACAAAGCGGAACGGGGAGAAGUGAAGUCCCACAACGGCACUUCACAUGCCUCUACUGCGCCCACGACCAUCGCGAGAGCGCCUCCUCCUCGGCUCCCACCCCCUGCGGGGGCGGAUCUAACGGAACAGCUGCCCGUAUCUGCGGAGUACUUGAAAAUGGUGCUCACGGAGUCACUAGAGGCACAGUACCACUGCACCCACGACUGCGCUGCGUCGACGGUGGAGAGCUUUUAUCCGGACGAGGCAAAGUGUCGUGCGAUGGUUCAGGCCAAGAUGAACUUCUCCGUGGUGGAAGUGGUGGGCCUGGUGACCAAACAGCGGGAGUGCUUGGAUCAGCUGUGCGCCGACCUCCCUCGCGCUUUUGCGCGCUUCCCUCUCCUGAACGGCUCGAUGAAAGAUGACGAUGAUGAUGGCGCUGCUGCUGCUACUGCUGCCGUCGAUGCGGCGGCCCAUCGUCCCCCAAUUGACUGGGCAGCGGUGCGCGAUGGCCUCUUCGCGGAAGAUAAGGCACCGCUGCUGCACCAGCAUGCCGAGCUCGCCAAUGUUGGCGUGCCGGACGCCCUGCCCGUUCUCGAAAACGCUUACAGAACUUUGGUGACCACGAAAGGCUUCUCCCACCUGCUCGGCUGCUACUCUUCGGGAGAUGGCGUGGUGGUGGCGGCCGAUUACGUGAACGAGCGUCUGCGCGGCACCCCAGUGCAGGAGCUGGCACGGCGGAUGCAUUUCGCGCCGGAAGUGGUGGCCGAGCUGAGAGGCGCAGAGGUCAGCUUGCCGACGCCGCUGCACACGCGCGUUAACGCGUUUGGCAACGAUCCCGCCACGUCGCACUCGAAGCGGCAGGACAAAGGGAGCUCACAGGCGGCAUUGCGCGACGCCGGUCUGGCGUACAUCCACAGCUUCGUGACGACCAGCGCGGCGGAGGCGCUCCAGCAGAUUUGCGCGGGGAAACUGCGGCUGCCGGUUGUAGUGAAGCCCUCGACCGGCGCCGGGUCGGAGUUCGUCACGCUGUGCUACACGGAACACGACGUCGUCGUGGCGUUUCAGAUGGUGGACGGGUUGCGCACCUCACAAGGCACCGAUGCCGCAGUGCUCGUUGUGGAGGAGUACAUCGAAGGCCCCGAGUACGUGGUGAACACGGUGAGCUACGACGGUGUGGCGGUGGUGACGGAUGUGUGGCAGAGCUGGAAGUUCCCGAAGGCGGUCUACACCUCCGGCUUGACCCUCGCGGCGGAGCAAAGCGUGCGUACCGUCGGCCGCGAGGAACGGAAGCGCAAUAAGACUGCAAUUCUGUACGACAAGCAAACCCUGGUUGCCGAUCUCGCGAGUUUGCCACCGGACCAUGAAGCACGACGGGUGGCCGCGUACACGUUGAAGUGCCUCGACGCGCUGGAGCUGCGCAACGGCUGCGCGCACUGCGAGCUGCGCGUCGACAUGCGAGGCACCGCCGCCCACCAUAAUCGCCAGGCGCAGCGAACGAACGCUGAAUCCGCCGACUCCACUCUCAGCGGCGCUGCCAAGUCUGCCGUCGCAGAGGUGCGAGGGGAGCCGGUGCUGAUUGAGCUGAACCCACGCAUGCAGGGCGAUGCGCCGCGCAGCACCGAGGUGGUCGGCUACGAUCAGUUCUCGCUCAUGGUGUACAUCGCUGAGGCGGUGAACACGUUCGGUGGGGCGACGGCCGUGUCGACGCAGCUGCCCUUUCGUGGUCCGUCGUAUUCUUCCGUGUGCGGUGACAUUCCGUGGCCACCGGUGCCGCGUCUCUACCACGCCCUCGACUCUUCUCCACCUUGCACGACGGUGCUAUUCCUCGUGGCGAACAACGACUGCAUCUUGAACGGCCUGGCGCUCCCGCGCUUAACGGCGUUGCCGUCGUUUGUGCGAUUUACGCGGAUUGUCUUCAAGCCGAAUUUGCCCGGCUACGUUACGCCGCUGCGGCAAACGGUGGACCUCUUCUCAAGCCCGUCCGCGUGUGUCAUGCGGGGAUCGCCGGAGCAGGUGGAAGCGGACUGCAGCGUCAUCCGCGCGAUGGAGGAGGCGGCCGUCGCACCGCUCACACGGAGUAUGCUGCAAGACGCCGUGUCAAAGACGCAUAUGAUGCGCGUCGUGCGCUCCGCGCUGCAGCAGGCGGAGCGUAACUUGGAGUUCCUUUUCGAGGCAGACGCAAAUCAAACACUAUCGCGCUCGUCCUUCUCAGACGCUGCAGAGAUAGCGCAGGUGCCGGACCCACACGUGAGCAUCCCAGAGGUGCAGCGGUGUCGUGACAAGCUGAUGGCUGAUGUCGCGGAGCUGAAGGAGCAUGUCGAUCACCUGCGCACCGCCAUCAAGACCGAGUUGCACAAUCAGUCACCGCCGCCGCUCUACAUUCCUUACGACAUUUUUGAUGUGAUGAAGAAUGCGGAUGUGGCCUCCCUGCUGUCGCUGCAUUAG